AUGCAUUUCUUUAUCUUCUUAUUCACGUUCGCAGGAACCGUCAUCGCCAAAACACCCGGUCCUUUAUACCAAUGGCCACUAGGAGACAGAGCUGCCUUGGUAGAAGUUCUUUCGCGAGGGCCAAGUAUGUUCAACAAUGGAAAUCAGUGUUUCGAAUUUGGGAAGAAUAGUGAUACCAUUCCAUAUCAAGCAAUCAUGAUAGGAGGUACCACCGUUCCUCAUUUAUCGGUUGUUCUGGAUGAAACAGAAUCGUUCCGAAAUCUUGCAAUUUCAAUGUACGUUAAACCUAUUGGCAAACCCACUGGCACUCUUCUUCAGUAUAAAUCAGAUUCCGCCGAGACAAUUAGAAUAAUGUUUGACCCAUACGACGGUUUGGCAAUGAUUUCCUUUCGAGAUAAGUAUGAUAUCACAGCAGGAAUUGUAAUGACUGAGCACAUUGCCACGGCGGACAUUUGGACGCACUUUGUUAUUCAGCGUACGUACAAAACCGGACGGAUAACGGUCUACGCGGACGGCAAGAAGGUAGUAGACGAGGACGAUAAAUUCCAGGAUGAAAUUACACUUCCGGCGUCCGGAGUACUGCGAAUCGGAAACACCGAUCCGCCAGAUGCCGAUGGAAAUCAACAAUUUAAGGGGUUUGUCUCCUGCCUUCAGAUAUUUACAGAUAACGUAAAAGAAGAUGAUGUCAAAGCUAUUCAGAAAUUCUGUCUGCCGGAUAAAUGGAGUCCUGGCUCGCAAGAAUACUUUGGUCCAGAAGAUAAAGAAACGGGCACAAGAUGUGAGAUGGACCCCCCGGAUUCCACUUCAAAUAUGCCUCUGGUAAACCAAUUACUGACGAUGACCCACCUCUUAAACGAGAGAAAGUGGACAGAUAUUCGAACACGUUUUAACUGGGAAAACAGCCAGACAUACAAUGCUUAUUUCCGUAAGUCCGCUCAGAAUAUGGCACCAGUUCCCGAAACCGUUACUAUUGGCGACGUCAAAACUGUCAAUCUAAAAACAUGUGCACGUCUAUGUUUACGUGUCAAUGGGUGUACGUCAUUUGCAUUCACGUCAUCCGGGAAUGGUGUGAGACGGUGUAUACUAUUUGACGUAGUUCCCCUGAAGCUGGAGGCGAAACAUGGUGUCAAUUGUUACACCUUAAAUUCAAGACAACGUUCAUAA